UCCCUCCCUCCCCUAGCCUGAAUAAGGUAGGCUUUUCACUCCGGCACCUGCCCUUACCUACAGCACAGAGAGAGGGCGAGAGGGAGGCGAGAGCAGAGCAGCACCUUGGCCCAGCCUCACCUUCCUGUGGGAUUUUCCACCUUACUUCUUAACACAGAACCCAGCUUUGUUUGUUGUUCUCUGGGAACGUUGGGAACAUUCACUCAGCUCUGUGGAGAUCAAAGUCGAGAGUUAAGCUCAUCUCACCUGGCUGUGCAUGGAUGGAUAGCCGAAGUAGUCAAGAUUCCCGUCGGAUUUUCCCAUUUGUUCCCAUUUUCCGAAAAGAAAUGGGAGGAAGGGUCUGAGAGAACCUGGGAGUUCAGGGGGUUUUAACUGCGGGAGAGACGGACAGGUUUGGUGUGUGUGUGUGUGUGAACAAGGUAACGUGUCAGAGCAAGAGAGAGAGAGAAAAAUACUUAAUAGACAAAGAACAUAAGUGAGAGCUAAAGUAGUUCUACGUAGAUGUAGAGUAGAUAUAUGUAGUCCAUUUUUAAGGCUGGCUGGGCAUUGAACAAGAACAAUACAUACAAUAAGGAAAAUAGUCUAUCAGCUGCAACAGGAGUAAUAGAUUGAUAACUUAGUACGUUUUCACUUUCAGGCUGUUUCUUAGUGUUUGUCAGAGUCUAAUUGUCACUGUGUGUGCUCAGAUCCAUUGUGGGGAGCCCUGUGGUGUCAGAGGAGGGUUUUGUUGUAUUCUGAGCACACGGUUGGCCAGUUCAAAUGAUUGACAGGGCUAAAGAAGAACAGUUGUUUCAGGAAGUGGGAGUGAGGCGUAUACAGGAGGACAUGGGGAGAUAAGAUGGAUCCUGCCCCAGCAGCACACUUUGGACCUAAGUCGGACUUUGAUGAACUCAACCUGUACUGGUUCCUGUGGACUUUCCGUGAGGUGGACAUUUUCUACUACCGCCAUCUUUGACCUUUGGCACCAGGAAGUAAAACACUGCCAGGGGAGAGGGUUAUCUCAACACCUCAAACCUUAAUCCAAUUAUUUUUUAAGUAUUGACGGUUGGAUACCAUGUUUCACUGGUUUCCAUGGUGACCCAGUCAGCACGGUGACCUGUCAGCAUCAUCACGGUGGUAGCCAAUAGCCAUGCAGUACCUGGGUGGUAAACUGUCCUCCGCCCAGGUCCAUGUCUCUGGCUGGGUGGGCAGCGUGCGUCGCUCCCUACAGGGGGCACUGGACUUAGUCUGGGGAGAUGAGGAAGAGGUGGUGGUGGUGAAAGAAGAAGAGGAGGAUGAGGGAGAAGGUGGGGGCGGGGGCAGGAGGUUCGAGAGGGCUGUGUCCCCUCUGCAUAGCUUUGCCUCCCGGAGCCGGAAAUCCCUGAGGUUGUUCUCUGUCCGGAGUCGCCAGCGGAUGACGCUACGUAGACGGGCAGCAGACACCAGCGCUGAGCAGUUGAAGUGCUGUGUGGGGCUGGGAGAGGGACAUGACACAGAGGCUCUGAUUGGUGGAGAGCCAGACAAGCAGUAUGGGGGCUGUGACACUAGACUGUCUGAGGAUAACAGUCCGCAGACGACAGUGGAACAGAUCUCCCCUGUCACACCAGAUGAGCCUAACAGUACAUAUCCACUAGAAGAAACAGAGGAGCCAUUAGCCUUUCCUGAUAUUUCUCCUCCUCUAUUGGACACCAGUGCUCAGCGUGCAAGGGCAGAGCUGAGGAAGAGUCGGAGGACCCGCCCCCCUCGUGCUGUCCGUCAGAACCCUACCACAGCAACGCUUGAGGAAGACUGCGACCACGACUGGAGGUUCUGUGACUCCUCAGAUAAGGUGGACUCUCUGACAAGGGGAGAUUGUGAGUCUGAUGAGGAGCAGCCCAGAGGGAGGGAAGUAUGUUCACCACCUUCCCAGCCCCAGAGAAUACCCCUCUUUUCUGGAAUGGACCCGUCCGCCCUCAAGGCCCAGUUAAAGAAGCGAAGAGGGGGAGGAGGUAAAGGAGAAGACAAAGAAGGUCCGACAGACACACUUGCCCCGUCCCCCUCUCAGCUCUUCCGCUCUCCCGGUUGUUCCUCCUUCCUCCCCGGCGCGUCACAGGUGCUGCCCCUUGUAGGGAACAAAGAUGGAGGGGGGGACUCAUCUCCUUCAUGGCUGCAAGAACUCAAGUCUAAGAAGCGCUUGAGUCAAUACAACAGUGAGGACUAGCUGAGUGGAUGGACCCCAAUUUACACCAGCUAUUACAAUCAAAAUACAUACCUGAUCACUAUCCCCUUCCAUACACACCUUAAAGUGUUAAUUAACUCCAAAUAAAGCCUAUAAUUUGUUAAAAGUUUGCAGUUUGACAAUGUCAGACACACUUUGAUUUUGGAGUGAACUAUCACUUUAAAAUAUGCCCUGUAUCUGUGUCAUGUAAAUUAGCUUUUAUUCCUGUUUACCUCUAGGAGAUACCACCCAGCUAGCACAUUUGGAACUUGUAGGAACGUACGUUUUUGGUUUCCCAUUGGUUCUGGGAAUGAAGCCAUAAGUAUCUUGACCGAUAAAACGGAAAGGUCUGAGAACGGAAGUGAAAACGUGGUCUGUUCUGGGAACUUACAUUUUUAGGUUGCAGGGAGAUUCUGAGAACGUUUUACUAUGGUUCCCUGAAAGCUUUCCUGGGAGGUUUUAUUAACGUUCUGAGAACGGAAAUGAUAGGUUAUUUAAAGGUAAUUAAAUAACAUUCAGAGAAAGUGUUUCAAUAUGACUUUUAAUAACACUGAUAGCUUAGUUUGAACUCCAAGCACAUAUAGGACACAUGAAAUGCAUUUACUUUGGCAUUAAUCAUGCAAACACAUUUCUUUUUUAUUGUGGCAUGGCGUCAGUGAGAGUUGAACCUAUGAUCUUCUGUUUUCUAUCCAUGGAUUUAGUCCAAUGUGCCACUAGAAUGGAGCUAGCGUGCCAUGUUUGUUUUUUACUCAUACAAAGCUGUUUAUUUUCAUCUAUUCAAAUAGACCCCAUUUCAAAGGAAACAAG